UGGAGCCAGCCGACGCAGUCUCCCCCGGGGCACUGUUCAUAACCGGCACGGUUUCGCCUUUGACCGCCCACUUUCCUUUCCUCUUGUACGAUUACUGCUCUCCCCCGAGUCUAGCUCCGUUCUCGCUCCAUCUCAGUCCCUCGUCCCCAUUCUUCUCUCACCCUUCGCCGACUCUACGUGAUGUCUAAAGAAAGCGAUUUCCAGGCCAUCGAGGUCGAGCCCAGCCCGACGCAACGCCAUGGCUAUAACGGCUCGCACAAGGGUUCCGCUCAGCACGUCGAACACCACAAGUCCAUGUCCGAUACCGUGUCUGGCUCUACCGUCGACGACGACGAGCUGCUUCUUCACUACACCCGAUACCCCAACCGAUGGUCCAAGAUUCGAGAGGUUCUCCGCGAACCCAUGGCCGAAUUCUUCGGCGUCAUGAUUCUCGUUAUUUUCGGAGCCGGCGUCGACUGCCAGGUCACGCUCUCUGGCAACACCGACGUAGCGUCGUCGCAGAAAGGAAGCUACCUCUCCAUCAGUUUCGGCUGGGCUGUCGGUACCGCCCUCGGCGUGUGGUUCUCCGGAGGAGUGUCCGGCGGGCACAUCAAUCCUGCCGUGACACUCGCAAUGGCGACAUUCCGCGACUUCCCCUGGCGCAAAGUGCCCGGGUACAUUUUCGCCCAGGUUAUGGGUGGGGUGUGCGGCGGCGGCAUCGUCUAUGCCAACUACUUCCAUGCCAUCGACAUCUUCGAGGGCGGCAGGGGCAUCCGGACGGUCCCCGGCACUGCAGGCCUGUUCUCCACGUAUGCGCUGGACUACAUGACAUCUGUCUCGUGUUUCUUCGACGAGAUUGUCGGCACGGCCGUCUUGUUGUUGGUCGUCUGUGCGUUCACCGACAAUAACAACGGUCCCCCGCCUCCCGGUCUCGUCCCCCUCGCUCUCUUCAUCACUAUCCUCGGUAUUGGUGCUGCCCUUGGCAUGCAGACAGGCUAUGCGAUCAACCCCGCGCGUGAUCUUGGCCCCCGUCUGUUCACCGCCAUGGCUGGCUACGGCAAGGAGGUCUUCACCUACCGCAACCAAUACUGGCUCUGGUGCCCUGUCAUCGCCCCCAUUCUUGGUGCUCUCAUCGGCACGUUCCUCUACGACGCUUUCAUCUUCAAAGGCGCUGAAUCAAUCCUCAAUAAACCCAAUGCGACUGCCCGCGCACAUCAUGAGCGCGCACGCAACUCUGAACGGCAAAAGCCCAUCGCGGGCGCGGGCCCCGACAUGUGCUAGUUAGUGGUCAUGUCCUGGUCCCCCCUCCUUUUCCUCCUCUCUCCCGGCGCGCCGCCUGCGCAAGAUAGCUUGCCCAGGCGGACGUUGCCCUCCAUACCUCCCGCGAGCCGUGUACGAUGUUUCCGAACGUGACGACUUCUCUACGAUUACGUUCCCCCUUGGGUAUUGGGUAGUGUAUCAGCAUCAUUCUUUGGGUUCUCUGUGUGCGCGCGCGAGCCCCCUCGCCUCUCUGUUGUGUCUGGGCAUUUGUGCUUCGAGAUGGACUCCCAAAUACAUUCCCUCCUUUGCUAUGCGCGCGGCGUCGCGAGUGCGUGGCGGUGUCUCAGAAGAGGCAGACGAGAGGGCGCGUUGUGCUGCUCAAUGUCGAAUGAGAAUUGUUGUAUCUGUACCUGUAUUAUAGAGCGAAUUGUGAAUAUACUCCCCUCAUAACGACAUC